AUGACCAAUAUUCCAACUCGACGAAUCAGCCUCGCUCAGGAAAAGGUAGCACCCAAGGUGGUUAUGGUAGCAAUCAAGGCUAUCAGACCGGAUACGGGGGCGAUACUCGAAGCAGUCAGGGAGGUUACUCCUCGGGUAAUCGAGGUUCAAGUCACGGAACCUAUGGAAGGAGCGACGAUCACGAAGAUGGCUACUAUGGAAGCAGGGACCGAGGCUGGAGCCAGGGCAGUUAUGGCAGAGGUAAUCAAGGCAGUGGCGGGUACGGUGAUGACUAUUCUGGUGGAGGUUCUGGAGGUGAUUAUGGCCGCAGGAGCGGCGGCAACUCUGGAUUUGGCAGCAGCGGUCAAGGCUUUGGAGGCAGCGGUUCCGGAGGCGGUUAUUACGAUGACUCUGGGAAUUACGGAGGAUCUACUCAAUCCAGCCACAGUAAAUAUGGAAGUCAGCAGUCAAGCGGUCAAGGCUAUGGAAGCAAUAAAUCUCAUUCGAAGCAUUGAACACAAAGGAACCGUAUCAUCUGUUAUCAAGGAUGAUGGUGGAUGCACCCUGACGAUUGCCGAUUCCGCUACGAUUCUUGGAGACUGUCACAUCGGCGACUCAAUUGCAGUAAAUGGGGCCUGCUUGACGGUCACCGAGUUUGAUACCCAGGCUCAGGGAGGAUUCUUCAAAGUUUGGCUAGCCAAUGAGACGUUAGAUAGGACAGAUCUUGGCGAAAGACAAGUGGGAGACCAAGUCAACCUUGAGCGUGCGAUGGCUGCACACGUACGAUUUGGGGGUCAUUUUGUACAGGCACAUGUAGACGGGACAGCAAAUGUGGUCAACCGGGUUCCCGACGGUGACUCUCUGCGACUUACCUUCCAGUUACCUGUGCCUACGACAGAACGUCCCUCACUCUUGCCAUACCUAAUUCCAAAAGGAUAUGUGACCAUCGACGGUGCUUCUUUAACUCUAACAGGAGUCAACGAUUCUGAAAGGACGUUCAGUGUCAUGCUGAUCAAACAUACCCAGGAAAUGAUUACUCUAAGCGGAAAACCUAUAGGAAGCAAAGUAAAUAUCGAGGUGGACAUGGUCGGGAAAUAUGUGCAGAAAAGCGUUGUUGCUGCCCUCGGAGGAGGUGAAGAUCAGGGGCUAAAGUCAUUGAUCGAAAAAAUUGUAGAGGAUACCCUGGUCAAGAAGGGCGUACAUGUGAACAAUGCAAAGCUCGGUUUGAACGCGAACGUUGAUGUCAAUUUGCACGCCAGAUCGUUCUUCGGCCAACCUUACACCUUCGUCCUGAACCCCACCUCGUCGAAAUGGAUUCGGGAACCACUUUUAGACCGAAGACUAAUUGGCUGGUCUUUGGUACAGGUCACUGUGAAACUAAACUACGACAAACCAUCCACCUCCACAGUACCUCACACCCGGAUUCAGGUUUCAAGACCCCCAUCGCCUGCCAAAUCAUACGUUUCUUCGAGCAAUACAGAACUUAACUUUCGCCCGAAGGCUAAAGUUAACAGUAGCGCUACUACACGGAAGGCCGCAGGCAGCACAAUUUCAUCCAGUACAAGUACUACUCCUCGCGCCAAUUCUCCUACGAAGCUAAACCCGCGUGUCAAAGUUGGUGUCCUGUCACCCACCAAUGGAGUCAACAAUGGGACGUUGCGAUCUCCGACGGCCACUUCAGCCCCUGCGACUCCCGAGCUACGACGGUCUGCAAAGACACAAUCUAUAUCCUCAUUACGUUCAGAAGAACCACGGGCGCGAACGAUCAGUACUUCUCUCCGACAUGCCCCCUCAAUGGCCAACUUUCGGCAGUCCGCGUCGUCUGUGGUGUCUGGCUCCGGGUCUGUAGUUUCGGGUAUUGGGUCCGCCUCAGUAUCACCUAGACUAUUGUCCACCAACUCCGCGGUGGGGGUUGGGGAGCGUUCAAGUUCCCCCACUCCUAAAAUCCGUUCAAAGGUGUCCAAUCUCGUCAAGUCAGCUAGCGAAUCCUCCGCACGACCACCGUCACCCUCAAGUCCACCCACCGUGAACAUUUUGUCAUCGACGCGCCUUGCGCCAGCACAACGUACACGUACACCUUCUGUAUCGUCCUCUGUAAAUCUAAUUAACCAGCAGCAUCCGCCUCAGUCUUCAACCAGUCCACCUCAACAGUUUUUCCCUAUUACCACUACAGUCCCGGCUGCUAAUCCUCAUCGGUUUGCUCCCAGUCGACCACCGGCAGCGCAACGCAUAAAUUCUUCUCCAGGCCAUCAUGUUUUCCAGUCGUUCAGUCAACCAUCUUCCACUCCACUUGUAGACCAGUCAUCAUUAUCUUCAAGCAGACCACGGUCGGCAGGAGGGCUGCUAAAUGGUAAAUCACCCUCAGCCAAGGUUGACCCUACAUUGAUACCAUUGCCGCCGCACUCUCCACCGGCCUCUGCGGUCUCAUUUUCAUCUCGGUCAUCCGCGUCACGCUCAUCUGCCAAUGCCUCACAUCUUGGAGCUGGAGGAGAUGCUUCGUUAUCUUCUUCGACGGAGAGUGGCAGUGCGCGGAGUCCUGGUGCCAGGUUUCAAGGAAAUUCGGAAGGUUUGCGGGCAACGCUAGACAAUCUCGUGGAAUAUACAUCUGGAGCAAACUCUACGUCGGACGAUGACGACAGCGGUUUGGAUCGCGACACCGAUGGUGAGGGCGCUGAAGACAACAACGUGAAGGCAGAAGCUAAGUCGAAUCGUAAGAUUGCAGACUUGGAAAUAACAAACCGGUCCUUGCUCGUCAUUAACGCAUCUCUCGAGGCGACAAAGCAUCGACAAGCCAAGGAAAUCCAUGAGCUUAAGAAAAAGCUGCGUGAAUCGCGAUUGAUUCUUCCUCCCCGCACAUACCGGUCUUUGAGCUCUCAGGAUCCUAAGGAGCUAGAAGAUGACGACGAUGAAUUCGAAGGCUCGGACAUUGAAGACACCGAAGGGGACGAAAUAUACAAACGGGUCAAACUCAUCCUUGAGACAUUGCUAGUAUCAGGGAGAACUGCACUCGAAACGCAACCGAAGGACUUCCCGGAAGCUGGAAAGGGUGCUGCUAAAGUCCUGUCUCCAGAGGAACAAAGAGACUACCAUGGUGAAAAUGAACUGGAUCAAGAUGAACAAGGAUCCAGUUCAAGCACGCCACCCCCUGAACCCGAUUCAUCAGAGGCGAGUACCCAAAAUCACGAACAUGGAGGCGCUAAUAUACCCAACGGAAGUCGCGGAGACAUGGAUGAAGGCGAAUACGAUACUUCUAAUUAUAGUGCCGACGGAGACUCAAUUGAUGAUGCAGGCAAUGAGACGAUUACCUCUGAAGAAGAGGUGGAAGCGAUGACGAUAUCAGCUCUUUCCCCACCUUCAAGUCCUCCCCCUCCACCUAUUCUCAUCACACAACCUACAUAG